GCUUUGAAAUGGCCGACGUUUAGGGGGAGUGUCUAGCGGAAAUCAGAAUUUCUGAGUAAUUUUUACCAGAUAAGAUUUACACACUUCUUCAUACAUUCCAAAUUGAAAAGACUGAGAAACUUUUUUAAAAAAGUGGAUAAUCAUGGCUUGGCGUUUCAAAGCCUCUAAGUAUAAAAAUGCGGCACCAAUCGUGCCUAAGCCGGAGGCAUGCAUUCGGGACAUUUGUGUUGGAUCAUAUCAGACAUAUGGGAAUAACAUUUGUGCGUCUGCGGCGUUCAUGGCGUUUAACUGGGAGCAUGUGGGGUCAAGCAUGGCUGUGCUGCCGUUAGACGACUGUGGGAGGAAGAGCAAGACAAUGCCUCUGCUUCAUGCACACUCCGACACCAUAACAGAUAUGGAGUUCUCACCAUUCCAUGAUGGAUUGCUACUGACAGGAUCACAGGAUUCCUUGGUAAAAAUCUGGCAUAUCCCGCCUGAAGGCUUGAAGGAGUCACUCUCGACUCCCGAAUGCACGCUGUCACAGAAGCAGCGCCGCGUCGAGAACGUGGGCUUCCACCCCGUGGCUGAUGGCUUGAUACAUGUGGCUUCGGGCCAUGAGCUCGCGCUGUGGGACCUUACCAAGCAGAAGGAGGCUUUUGUGAACAGAGACCACUCCGAGGUCAUACAGUCAACAUCUUGGAAGAAGGAUGGCAAGCUGCUAGCGACGUCCUGCAAAGACAAGAAAGUGCGCAUCAUAGACCCUCGGGCCUCCACCGCGGUGGCUGACGUGGCCAACAGCCAUCAGAACAUAAAGGACAGCAGGAUUGUGUGGCUGGGAGACCAGGACAGGAUCCUCACUACUGGAUUCGAUUCAGCCCGUCUCCGUCAGAUAAUGAUCCGCGAUGUUCGCAACCUCUCCCAAACUCAGAAGACAUUGGAACUGGACUGUUCUACUGGUAUCCUGAUGCCUCUCUUCGAUCCUGAUACCAACAUGCUGUUCUUAGCCGGCAAGGGAGAUACAACCAUACUGUAUAUGGAGCUAACUGAUAGGGAACCUUAUCUUAUCGAGGGCCUUAGACAUUCGGGUGAACAAACUAAAGGUGCAUGCUUAGUACCGAAGCGAGCUCUGCGUGUAAUGGAAGGCGAAGUUAACCGCGUGCUGCAACUUGCUGGCUCCUCCGUCGUGCCUAUCAUGUACCAAGUGCCGAGAAAGAGUUACCGUGACUACCACGCAGACUUAUAUCCGGAUACAUCCGGUUCAGUGACGUACCUCAGUGCCCCCAUGUGGUUGGACAACCAGGAUCACCCCGUGCCUAACAUUUCUUUGCACCCGGACGCCAACAAUGGCACUCAGAUUCAUCGAGGCAAUUUAGAAGAGAUGGCUAAGGCCAUAUUGGCAAUGCCUCCGCCGAAAAAGACAGACUCGAAAAAACCAACACCAGUCCAAAUCGAAGAAACCGUAAAACCGGUUACAAAGCCUCAAGUGCCACAAGAGCCGAAAGACGAAGACAGAAUCGACUUCGUUAACGUAAAAGACCUGAUAAAAGGAAUGGAAAGACAGAAACCAAACAAAGUGGACUAUCAGAAAGAAACAAAUGGCUUUCACAAAAAGAUCACAGAUAACGGCCACGACAACUGUCACGAGAAGAAAAUUGAUCCUGAAUCAGAGAAGAACGAGCCUGACGUCAUUCCGCAAAAGACCAGCGAAAAGACCGACGAGAAGACUGAAAAGACCAUCGAGAAAACUGACAGUACUGAGUCUACCGAGUCUUCUUUGUCAAGAAGCAACAGUUUGAUCAAUGGCGUACCUGUACAGGUACCGAAACCCAUGCCUAGGUCUUCGAUAUCCGAGCCUGGGUCUACCGAUGAACAUUCUGAAGCCCCUAAACCUAAACCCAGGACCACCACCGUACCUGGGUCGGGUUAUAAGCCUCGCCUUGGACCGAAGCCGUUCUCAGCGGCUACCGGCAACGAAGACUUUUCGUUCGAUAAGGUGUUCUCCGUGCCAGCCGUGCCGGGACUGCCUAAGUCUGAUUCAGCGACUUCUCCCGUGUCGGGUCAAGCGACCACCCCGACGGCGACAUCCACGCCUCCCGCUAAGGACGGCAGCGAAGAGAAAGACAAGUCUCUGUCGCCGACCAGCGAUGUCGAAAUCGCACCUAAUAAAGAAGAAUACACGAACGGCAAGUCUGAUACAAGUUUGGAAGAGGAGGUGAAUUCCUCAGACUCCGGCUACCGGCCCAAGACUCCGAGCACAGCUGAGCGUAGGAAGAUGUUCGAGACUACUGAUGGCGGGGCUGCGUCGAUAGCGGAGCGGCGCCGCGCGUACGAGUCUCGCUCCGUCAGCGUCGCCGUCGAGUCCGACACGCCGCCCUCGCCUGCACCCUUGAGACGGCGAGAUUCGCUCAAAUCUCGCAAAAGUCCGGACCGCGAAGACAAGAGAGCUUCAGUGCCGAAUGUCACUACCAAGAGGACGUCUACUGUCUUCGGCAAGGUGUCGAAAUUCCGUCACUUGAAGGGAACUCCGGGCCACAAGUCCACUCAGGUGGAAAAUAUCAAGAAUAUUAGCCGACAGAUAUCUGGGGAAUGCAACGGAUUCUAUGCCAACGGCGUCCGCUGCGCCGUCCCGCUCAGCGGUGGCGGGGGUCGCGUGGGGGUGGUAGAACUGCCCGUGGGGGCCACGCCCCGCGCCCGCGCCGCGGCCGCGCACCCCGCCAGCACGCGCGUGUUCGCGCUGCUGCACCCCGCGCCGCUGCAGGACUGGGCCUGGGACCCCUUCUGCGUCACCCGCCUGCUGGUCGCCUGUGACGACGGACAGGUCCGCGAGUGGAUUAUACCGGAGGAAGGUCUCACAGAAUCAACCAACGAGCCCAACCGGACAUUCUCCGCGCACCCGGAUAAGAUUUACCUCAUCCGUUUCCACCCAACGGCCUCCGAUCUCCUCACCACGGCUGCCCAUGACCUCAGCGUGAAGAUCUGGGACCUCAGCCCGGAGGUCCCAGUGGCCGCUAUAGUGCUGACUGGACACACUGACCAGAUAUUUGCAUUGGAUUGGUCACCGUGUGGCGAGUAUCUCGCUACGGUUUGCAAGGAUGGACUUAUUAGGGUGUACAAGCCCCGCUCGUCGCCGGAGCCGAUAUUAUCGGGCCCCGGGCCGGUCGGCAGCCGCGGCGCCCGCAUCGUGUGGGCACUUAACGGCACACAUCUUGUUGUCACCGGGUUUGAUAAAGUAUCCGAGCGUCAGAUCCUGCUGUACAAGGCUACCGACCUGUCUGCGCCCGUGUGCACGGUGGGGCUGGACGUGUCGCCCGCUAUACUUCAGACACACAUCGACCAUGACUCCGGAACUCUCUUCCUUACUGGACGGGGCGACUCGACGAUCUACUGCUACGAGGUGACGCGCGAGGCGCCGCACCUGUGUGCCCUCUCGCACCACCGCGCGCCCACGCUGCACCAGGGCAUCGCCUUCCUGCAGAAGAACCUCGUCGCCGUCGAAAAGGUGGAAUUCGCGCGAGCUCUGCGACUCACCAACGGAACUAUUGAGCCGCUGUCCUUCACCGUGCCCAGAAUAAAGAGCGAACUAUUCCAAGACGACCUGUUCCCGCCGACGCUGGUGACGUGGUCGCCGUGGCAGAGCGGGCGCGAGUGGCUGGCGGCCUGCAGCGUCACGCCCUGCCUCGCCAGCCUGCAGCCGCCCGGCAUGGAGCCGCUAUCAGCACAUACAGCGGGCUCGCCGGUGUCGCGUGCCGCCCCGGCGCCGAAGCCCGACCUCAUCAAGUCGCACGUGCCGCAUGCUCCCGUGGCGCAGCACGACGCCCGCGCCAAGGAGGACAGCAUAAUGAAAUCCAUAAGCGCAAAGGUAGCAGUGAAUAUGAAACUGGAGCAAGACAGCAUGGAGGGAGUUGACGAAGCCGAAUGGGAUCAGUGAGGUAACCCGACUAAACCAAGUGCAAUUGAACAACCCUAGCUUGUAGUGUUAUUUAGAGGCUCCCGUAUUCGGUCGCGUUGUAUGUACUCGACUGACCGCCCGUAGACUUGUUAUGGCGGUACGCAUAAAGCUGUAUUUGGCAAGUUUUUCGUCAACUUUUUAUAGAAAGCCAGAUUUCUGGUAUUUUGACACAAGACAGAAUUUUCUCUGUACAUACGAGAAUUUGAAAAAAACUUUAAAUAACAGUUAACGAAUUUAUACUUUGUGAAACGAUUAAUCUUUAUACGUACUGCCAAAAGCAAAACAGGUAUAGCCCCCUCGCAGAAUAAAAUUAACUUUUUAUACCUACCAAUAACUUGGGAUUUCUAAAUAUUUUCUAGAAAUUUUUCCCGUCGAUCCCAUUUUUACAUUUUAAUCUUAGAUAUCAAAUAGUCGUGGUAUUGUAGAGUACUAGAAUAAUAAGUCGGCACAUAAGUCCAAUAAUAUGUACUGAUUAUAGUUUAAGUCCAUUGUCAAAAUAUACUGUGGAGUUUGGAAAUAAGGACUGUCGAAAUGCUAAAGCUAAUCAAAAAUUACGUGAAUUAAAUGCAUCCCAAUUCAAAAAGCUACUCAUCAAAUAAGACAAUGAAAUUAAAAUUGACUAAAAUCAGGAUAUUUAAAAAAUGUGUUAUAAUAACCUCGUUUGGGUCUUAAUAUAAACUUAAGUCACAAAAAUGGUCACAUAAUAGACAUUUGUAUAGUCGGUGCAAAAACAUUUUAAUGACAUAAGAAUAAGAAUCAAUAAAGACGACUCUUAUUUCCAAAUUCACAGGUUUUUAUUACAAAAGAUAUCAAAUUCAAUGCUCACGGCCACACUUUCAUCGCCGCACUGCUAAAUGAAUUAUUUGCUAUUAAACGCUAACUCGUGAUCUCAUUGAUGUUCGACCAAAACUUAACCAACCAUGCUCAUAGAAUGCUCACUAUAUCGCGUUUCUUAUUGACCCCAUAUUUGUUCUAAUAACGACUGUGCAACUCCAACGUUCCAAUGCUCAAAAUUACAAAAAAAUCAUUAGUCGACUAUUGUCACUUCACUCAACAUAUCGAUACUUUUAGUAUCGACGCCAAUCGAUUUAUCGCAUAAAGUUUUUAUUAAACAAAUAGGUGUCAACGCAACAUUCCUACAUUUUGCCAUAAAAAAAUGCAUUUAUUUAUAUUGCGUAUUUACUUUAUGUAUGAAAUAACAAGAAAUAUUGAAUAUACGUAUGAUUUGUAUCUAAUACUUGUAUGUAAGGAUGUGUAGGGUAUUCAUACUUAUUAGGGAAUUGACAUUUUAUUAUGUAACCGAUAUUAUUCUAUAGUCACCAUUAAUAUUGCUAGAAAUGUUACUGCCUUGUAAUCACUGUAAAUUUUUGAUAAUGAAUCUUUAUUAUGUAUUUUCUCUCCGCAUUUAUUUGGUCUUAAAAAAGUACUCUAGAAACGGAAAGUGUUUUAAUUACUCAAACAAGAUUUACAAUGAUUAUAAAGUUAGUAUAAAAGCACGUUGAAGUCGGAGUGAGUUUAAAUAAUAGAAUGACUGCUUAUGUAUGUACAUAAGCAACACUUGAUUUGGAUACCAACAAUAGUCGCUUUCCUACAACUAGUAGGAAGUAUUAAAUAAA